GUGUGUGUUGCAGACUCGGGCGGUGGGGGGGGGGGGCGGCUGAGCCCGUGAUCCCGCCCGGCGCCGGAGCAGCAGCGGCAGCGGCAGAGCGGAGCCGCCUCCUCCUCCCUGCUCCUUCCUUCGGCAAUGCGGGGCUCUCCAUUCUGCGCAGGCGGCGGCUGCUGAGCAGGGACCCGCCGCAGGGGAGCGGGGGGGACGCGCCAAGGGGAUGGUGCUGGAAGGCAGUCCUGAAGUAGUGACCGCCCAGUCUCUAGAUCUCCGGCGGGCCUGCCCCAAAGAUGGCCGCAUCUACCCUUCUCCGGGGGACAGUCUCCUGUUGACCAAGGAACCGGUGAAGUAUGGGGAGCUGAUCGUGCUCGGGUACAAUGGCUCCUUGCCCAACGGCGACAAAGGGCGACGCCGUAGCCGCCUGGCCCUGUUCAAGAGGCCCAAAGCCAACGGGGUCAAGCCAGAUGUCAUCCACCAUAUCUCGACACCUCUGGUCUCCAAGGCGCUGAGUAACAGGGGCCAGCACAGCAUCUCCUACACACUUUCCCGAAGCCACUCGGUGAUCGUGGAGUACACGCACGACAGCGAAACCGACAUGUUCCAGAUCGGCCGCUCCACCGAGAGUAUGAUUGACUUUGUGGUGACGGACACGGCUCCCGGAGCGAACCCAGGCAUCGACGGCCAGUCCGCCCAGAGCACCAUCUCCCGCUUUGCCUGCCGCGUCAUCUGUGAGCGCAACCCCCCGUACACGGCGCGGAUUUACGCCGCCGGCUUUGACGCCUCUCGCAACAUUUUCCUUGGAGAGAGGGCGGCCAAGUGGCGCACUCCGGACGGCCUGAUGGACGGGCUGACGACCAACGGGGUGCUGGUGAUGCACCCCAACGGCGGCUUCAGUGAGGACUCCACCCCGGGGGUGUGGCGGGAGAUCUCCGUCUGCGGGAACGUCUAUGCCCUACGUAACAGUCGCUCCGCACAGCAGCGAGGAAAGCUGGUGGAGUCGGAGUCCAACGUGCUCCAGGACGGCUCCCUGAUCGACCUGUGCGGCGCCACCCUGCUCUGGCGGACUUCGGAGGGCCUCCUGCGCACCCCGACCCUGCAGCAGCUGGAGACCCUCCGCCAGGAGAUCAACGCCGCCCGGCCGCAGUGCCCGGUGGGCUUCAGCACGCUGGCCUUCCCCAGCCUGGUGCCGCGGGGCGUGGUGGAGAAGAAGCAGCCCUGGGUCUACGUCAACUGCGGCCACGUCCACGGCUUCCACAACUGGGGCUUCCGCAAGGAGAAGGGGGGCCUGGAGCGGGAGUGCCCCAUGUGCCGGCGCUCGGGGCCCUACGUGCCCCUCUGGCUGGGCUGCGAGGCGGGCCUCUACCUAGAUGCCGGGCGCCCCACCCACGCCUUCUGCCCCUGCGGCCACGUCUGCUCUGCCAAGACUGUGCAGUACUGGGCCCAGAUCCCUCUGCCCCACGGCACCCACGCCUUCCACGCGGCCUGCCCCUUCUGCGGCACCUGGCUGACCGGCCAGCAGGGGUUUGUCCGUCUCAUCUUCCAGGGGCCUCUCGACUGAGCUGG